UGAAGAUCAAAGACGACGGGAUUUUUGAGCCACAGACGAGAUGACAGCCUUGCUACCGGCGACAAAGCGCCUCAUCGACGGCCUCUUCCAUGGCGCGUCGAGCGCCGUCGCGCGGACGUCCCUCGCGCGCUCGAUCACGCUCGUCGAGUCGACGCUGCCCCGCGACCGCUUCCAAGCCGAGCUGCUCCUUGACCAUGUGCUUGAGCAGCGCAAGGCCCUCGCCGCCAGCACGACGACGAGUGGCACGCCUCAUGGUCACGCGGCGUCGUUCCGCAUUGGCAUUGCAGGCCCACCGGGCGCGGGCAAGUCGACCUUUAUCGAGACGCUCGGCUUGUCUUUGACGAAGAAGGGCCAUAAAGUCGCAGUCCUCGCGAUCGACCCGUCGUCGUCGGUGACCGGUGGCUCGAUCCUCGGCGACAAGACGCGCAUGACGCAUCUCUCCAACAGCCCGGACGCCUUUGUCCGCCCGUCGCCGACCCGCGGGACGCUUGGCGGCGUUGCCCAGCACACGAACGAGAUCGUAUUGCUCUGCGAAGCGUGCGGCUACGACAUUGUCUUGGUCGAGAGCGUCGGCUUGGGCCAAAGCGAGAUCAUCAUUGACGAUACCGUCGAUAUGGUUAUGCUUCUCGUGCCACCGGCCGGCGGCGACGAGCUCCAAGGCAGCAAGAAAGGCAUCAUGGAGAUCGCAGACGUAGUCGUUGUCAACAAGGCCGACGGCGAGCUCAAGACGCCGGCCAAGCACACGGCAGUCGACUACAUGCACGCGCUGCAGCUCGCGCGGCGCAAGGAGCCCGAGUGGAAGCCGACGGUCAAGAUGUGUUCGGCACGCGAAGGCGACGGCAUCGACGGCGUCUGGGACGUCCUCACCGAGUUUCGCAAGACAAUGAACGCCGUCCACAAGAUCGAGGCCAAGCGCGCGCGCCAGUCCUCCAAGUGGAUGUGGAACCAGCUGCACCAAGAACUGAUGGCGAUGGCCAAGAAGAAUGCGUAUGUCAAGCACGAGGCAGCGACGCUCGCGCCCGACCUCGCGCACGGCUUUAUCAGCCCGCGGUCCGCGGCGCGCAAGCUCCUCGAGGAUUUUUUGGCCCACCCGAAAAACAAAUAGUGUUCCGACGCUGCAAAGACGACCACAUACAUGUACAUACAAGUCUGUGGAUUGUCGA